UUUGAAGUCACAUUAAUUACGUUGACUCUCCCUCUCUCUCCAAACAGCGAAUAUUAAAAUCAUUGGCGACAACCACAUUUGAAAGUAAUGAGUUGUGUACUUAAGAUAUUCAAGUAACUAACGGAACGGACUGGCUUCCAACAGUCAACAAAAGAUGGAUGCAGUUCCAGGGAGAAUCGCGCCCGAGGCUACAGGGUCGUCCCAUGACCACAUUUAUUGUCAGCCAUGUGCUGAAGAUGGGAAGAGAAUCCUUCCUGAUGCCUUCUGUACCGUCUGCAAGGAGUUUUUGUGUUCCACUUGCGCCCGAGUACACAGGAACAUGAAGCUGACCAAGAGCCACGUCCUCCAGGACAAGAGCAGUAUGCCUUCCUCAUUCCAUGCUGAAAGUGAGGAUGAGACGUUUACAGAGAUAUGUCAGUUCCAUGCGAAUGAGUUUAUAAAGUAUUACUGUCCCAACCAUGAAGCACUUCUGUGUGGAGAAAGCGUAGUUGAUUAUGAAAAACAUCGCUCUUGUAAAGUAAAGAAAAUUUCUCAAUUGGCAAAACAUUACAAAGAGGGUGCAGAAUACAAAAGUCUGAAAACAGGUAUUGUGCAGAUGGUCAGUGACAUUGAGAACUAUUUAUCGUUCAUACAGGCGAGCAUGAAAUCAGUUGAAGAGGAAAGUCUUACCAAUAUUAAUGAGCUUCGAAAAUUCAAACAUGAGAUCAUCCAGUUAUUGGAUAAGAGGGAGAACGAGUUAUUGGAAGAAAUUGAUCGGAAGAAACGGGAAUCCGAGACGCUGCUAAAUGAAAUGAAGGCAAACUGUCUAGACAUGAAAACUGCCACUGAGAAGCUCAAGGCCGAGCUACAAGCUAAGGAGCUCAACAACAACCAGCUGUUUGUAUCUGGAACAAGGGCGAUCAAAGAGUUAGUCGGUCUCCAGUCAUCACUUGAUGACAUCAGGAGAAGGGGUAAAGUUCCACACUCCAAAUUCAGUAGGGACCCAGCAACGGGACAGCUGCUGUACUCAAACACAGCAAUUGGCAGAGUGGACCAGGUGGCGUCAGAUUUGGCAGACCAGCAGAAACAACCUCAGCGGCCAGGCGAAUCAACUUCGGCGGUAGGGCAGCAAGGACGACAACAACAAAAGGAGCAGCAGCCUCGGCAACUAGAGACGAUGCAGCAACAACAAAAACACAUGCAAGGUGUAUCACAGAAAGCCCACUUCAGCAGCAGAGCAGACCUAAGCCAGGCCAAGUUCAGCAGACAGCCUGACAUUUCAGUGAAGACAUCAGGUGAUAGCAGGGUCUGCUUGCUAACCAAUAUGACCCUCCUGACCAGGAACAGUCUCAUACUGGUAGAUUACAAUAAUUGCUCAUUGAAGCUGGUGGACACCAAGAAUAACAAGCUUGUGUCCCAGGUGAAACUACCUGGUCAGCCGUGGGACCUGUGUCUCCUGCCCGGAGAUAUGGCAGCCGUCACUCUACCCAGUAAGAGGAAGAUACUGUUCGUUUCUACUCAGGGAAAUGUCACGCUACAGGAUGUUGUUAAAGUAGAUGGAGAAUGUCGUGGAAUAGAUUUCUGUGAUGACAACCUGAUAGUGUCCUUUACCAACCCACCUAAGGUUGUGUUGAUGAACAUGAAGGGAAAGGUGAAGAAGAGUGCGGACAAAGACAGCAGUGGAAAACUUUUGUAUUCGUGUCCCUUCUAUCUGACAGUGACCAGGGAGAGCCAAACUCAUCCAGUCAUAUUUGUCUCAAACAGGUUCACCAACACCAUAACCAAGCUGAGCAUCUCACUAGAGGUGCUCCAGUCGUACCAGGACCCGACACUGGAAUACCCACGUGAUCUGGCAGCCAUUGGGGACAACCAGCUGCUCGUGUGUGGGGAGGGCAGUAACAACAUCCUGUUACUGGAAACGCUCACCGGCAAGAUUACCCAGCUGUUGGGGAUAGAGGCUCCAUACAGUGUGGCUUACUGUUCACCGAGGAAGAUGUUGUUUGUCACCUGCUAUGCCUAUGACAGACCUGAUUUGGAUAAUUUCGUAAAAGUAUUCAACUUAGUAUAGAUCAUGUCAGUUAAUUGAUAUGAGUGAAAUCUGUAUCAGGUGUGAAGUAAUUGUAAUGUUCAAGAAUAAUUCAAAUCUAUAAAAUUAUACUGACAAUACGCAUAUACAAUGCUUUAUUUCACAUAUCGCGCGAUUCAAUUACUAUGAGAGUAUUUGACGGAAACUUGACUUUUAAAUUAUAUUGAAUUCUAACAGUUUUCAUUAGUGACAAAUCGUGUAGUAAUGUGUUAUAAGAAAAUAAUAUACGAGUAUGAGAAUGUGUAUUAUUAAUUGAAAUGUUAGUAGCUGAUUGUGUAUGAAAUAUACCAACAAGUUGGUUUCUUACUUGUGAAUGUUUAAUCAAAAAAUGUAAUUGUGUAAUAGAAUGAUUCAGAAUAUAGAUUAUAGAGUUAUAGACACGGUGUUUCAUUUUUUCAUGCAGUUUGUAUUUAGUACAUAUGAAGUUUAUAAUGUGUUUAUAUUGAAGUUAAACAUAUAUGUACGUAUCCUUAUACAUGUAUAUUGAAUGAAUAAUUCUAUAGACAUUGACCUAAGUGUGAAUUGUUUCCAAAAAGAUGGAUUGAAUUGUUUAAACAGACUUUGACCAUAGUUAAAAUAGUUUCCUCCUAUAUUAGUUGAAUAAUUAAACAGACAUUGACCAUAGUUCAAAUAGUUUCCUCAUAUAUGAAUUAAAUGAUUAAACCGACAUUGACCAAUGUGCAACUUGAUUCCUCAUAUAUUUAUUGAAUAAAUUAUACAAACAUU